AUGAAGCCUGUGAUAAAAGAGGAGAUUGAUGCAAUGAGAGCACAAUUCAAAGAAAUUGAUGCUCGGCCAGCAAAGAAGGUGGCACAAGCGAAAGCUAGAAAGAAACGAGUUGUUUAUAGGCAGCUAGAAAAGGUACGCAAGAAGGCCAACUCUAUAUCGGAUCAGACAAAAAUAUUAGACCAUUCAAAGAGUAAAAUGAUCGAACAACUUUAUAAGAAGGCAACACCUAAAAAACCUAAGAAGGAAUAUGUGGUAGCAAAGAAGGGAGUCCAAGUCAAGGCUAGAAAGGGGAAAGUUCUUGUUGAUAGACAAAUGACAAAGGAUGCCAGGAAGCAUGGAAUGAACAAGUGGGGAAAAGAAACAAAAGGAAAGCAGAAAGGUAAAGGAUCAGCAAAGGGACCAGGAAAGGGGAAAGAAAAGGGAAAGGGAAAAGGAAAAUGGGGGAGUAAAAUGAAGUAG